UCAUCUCCAAGCAGCCGAGGUUCCUUCCCAUGCCCGCCCAGACUGCCCGGACACCGACAGCCGUCGUGAAAGGGUCGCUUUGGACCAGCCGAGCAGCGAGACCUCGCACCCUGGGGGCCGCCGGCUUGGCCGAGGCAGCAGCUGGCCUCAUGCAAGAUGGCGGCGCAGCGCAUGCGAUCAACCCCGCACUGCGUUUCGUACGGUUUUAGCAUCUUGCGCGCCCCUUUGGCGAGGACACCUCUCACUCGGACCUUGAAUGAUACGGUGGUGGGAAGGAGCACGCUGUGGUAGCUUUUGCAUCCUUGAUAGUGGCAGUCUCGCUUCCUGUCCUCUGCACGUAUAUAUCUGUCUUCCCUGCGCUAGGGCCUGCUUAUAACCCUUGCACCUCUUGCGCAGAUAGCGGCGUAGGAUCCUGUUGCAAGCGCAGGACCACCCCCUCAAUCUGAGGCUUACACAAUGGACACUUCUUGGACCAAAGGCGGCCAACAGUCUACGUUCGACCCCCAGCUAUGCUACUUGGGUUUCCUGGAACAGGAGUACGACUUCAUGCUCCCAGCUAGUGGCUGUAGCCCAUCUGGCGCCUCGAAUCAGACCUGUACCUGGGACGUCACGACGGUAAACACUCUGUGGCACUGGAAGACCGACGACUUUCCUCCACACAAUCCAGGCUCUUAUCAAUGCGACAACGUGCGUCAUGCAUUAGCUCCCGAUCUCAAUGACCCUUCGAUGGGCAGCUACGUCUGUGGAUGCGGAGAAAAGCCGGGCGUUGUGACCGAAGACAAUAGAGCCCGCUUCACAGUUCCCUGGAAGGCCUCUUUCGGCAAGCAAUGUAACCUCGCACGGUUGAUUGAGUUCAAGGGCAAUAGCUCGGGAUCGAUGGUCACUGGCUCUUGUCUGACCGUCGCUGGCUCGCACGGCAAUACCGGAGAAGUCUGGGCUGAUCAGCCUGCCACGCAACUGCCUCCCUCACCCACCGCUUUCUCCGUUGUCGAUGGCAUGGGUAUCGCGUUCCCUUGCGAUAACAAGCCACAUGAGUCCUCGCCGACUACAAUGGUCUGCAAUUGCGAGGGAAGUCUACCAGAAGCCCCAUUUGGCACGCCGCUCGAAAAUCGAAACGCAUGUGGUCUGGCCGAGGAGAAGAAGGACGUCGGGGCCAUCGCGGGCGGCGUCGUCGGAGGUCUGCUGGGCGCCCUUCUCAUCGUACUACUAGUCGCAUUUUCUGUACGACGACACAAGAGGCUCCAGACACACCCGUAUGCCGAAGAAGACGGGGGCGCUGGUAUCGAACUGCAGCCAGUGGGCCAAGGGCUCUUCUUGACGGGAUCGAACGAAGGACUACGCAACAUCUACGAGCACCCUCCUGUGUACCCACCGGUCGAUGUAAGCCCUGCCCUCAGCGAGCGCACCGCAUCGACGCCUUCUACCAAUUCCGUAGCGCCCAGUGCGGUAAGCUCGGCAGAUUCGGCGCAGACGGCAUCAACCGAAGCCUCGGAGGUAUCGUCCUUGCCGGGUGGCACAUCAGAACAGCCGUCCGAAGCUGCAAUUACAAAGGCGGGAGCAUCCUCACCAUAGAGACUUCUAAGCAUGUUAGCAAUACACGUGAUAGAACUGCAAUCAGAUCCAGCUCUUUCAAUGCCAUCCUGAUCGCGAGUAAUGGUGC